ACGCACACAAAACCCUCCAUCAUAUUCAAGAUCUUUCCCAAAAUUCUGAAAUCGUCCUUUUCUUUUACCAAUUUAGGUAUUGUGAUCGAUUUCUAAAGACACCAUGAGUAAUCAAGCUGAAUCAUCUGACUCUUUUCUUGUUGCUGUUUGUAGCAAGGGGACAAAGCCGGACUUCAGUACCGCGAUUCUUGAGCGAAAGAAGGCGGCGAAUAGACUUGUUGUUGAUGAAGCCAUCAACGAUGAUAAUUCCGUUGUCUCCCUGCAUCCGGAGACCAUGGAAAAGCUUCAACUAUUCAGAGGGGAUACCAUCUUGCUUAAGGGCAAGAAAAGGAGAGACACAAUCUGUAUUGCUCUUGCUGAUGACACCUGUGAGGAACCAAAGAUUAGGAUGAAUAAGGUUGUCAGGUCUAACCUGAGGGUCAGGCUUGGCGAUGUGGUUUCUGUGCAUCAGUGUCCUGAUGUUAAGUAUGGAAAGCGUGUUCACAUUCUCCCAAUUGAUGAUACCAUAGAAGGUGUCACCGGAAGUCUGUUUGAUGCUUACUUAAAACCUUACUUUCUUGAAUCAUAUCGCCCUGUGAGGAAGGGUGACUUCUUUCUUGUUAGGGGAGGAAUGAGAAGUGUUGAGUUUAAGGUCAUUGAGACUGAUCCACCUGAGUACUGUGUGGUUGCCCCUGAUACAGAGAUAUUCUGUGAGGGUGAGCCCAUAAGAAGGGAGGAUGAGGACCGAUUGGAUGAGGUUGGUUAUGAUGAUGUUGGUGGUGUUCGCAAACAGAUGGCACAGAUUCGUGAGUUAGUAGAACUUCCCUUAAGGCAUCCACAGCUUUUUAAGUCGAUUGGUGUCAAGCCACCAAAGGGUAUUUUGCUUUAUGGGCCUCCUGGAUCUGGAAAGACUUUGAUAGCCCGGGCGGUUGCUAAUGAAACUGGUGCCUUCUUUUUCUGCAUAAAUGGUCCGGAAAUCAUGUCAAAGAUGGCUGGAGAGAGUGAGAGCAACCUCAGGAAAGCAUUCGAGGAAGCAGAGAAAAAUGCACCGUCCAUCAUCUUUAUUGAUGAGCUUGAUUCAAUUGCUCCGAAGCGUGAAAAGACACAUGGUGAAGUUGAAAGGAGAAUUGUUUCCCAGCUAUUGACUCUAAUGGAUGGGCUGAAAUCCCGUGCCCAUGUUAUUGUUAUGGGUGCAACCAAUCGGCCAAACAGCAUUGAUCCUGCCCUGAGGAGGUUUGGCAGAUUUGACAGGGAAAUUGAUAUUGGCGUUCCUGAUGAAAUUGGUCGUCUUGAGGUUCUUCGUAUUCAUACUAAGAACAUGAAGCUCUCUGACGACGUUGAUUUGGAGAAAGUUUCCAAAGAGACACAUGGGUAUGUAGGUGCUGAUUUGGCAGCUUUAUGCACCGAGGCGGCACUGCAAUGCAUCAGAGAGAAGAUGGAUGUGAUUGAUUUGGAAGAUGAGUCCAUUGAUGCCGAGAUUCUGAACUCCAUGGCAGUGUCAAAUGAACACUUUCAGACAGCCCUCGGCACCAGCAAUCCUUCUGCUCUGCGUGAAACUGUUGUGGAAGUUCCCAAUGUUAGCUGGGAAGACAUUGGUGGCCUCGAGAAUGUUAAAAGAGAGCUUCAAGAGACCGUCCAAUAUCCUGUCGAACAUCCUGAGAAAUUUGAGAAGUUUGGCAUGUCACCAUCGAAAGGAGUUCUCUUCUACGGUCCACCUGGGUGUGGUAAAACUCUUCUUGCAAAGGCUAUUGCGAAUGAAUGCCAGGCCAACUUCAUCAGCAUUAAGGGUCCUGAAUUGCUUACAAUGUGGUUUGGGGAGAGUGAGGCCAAUGUUCGUGAAAUCUUCGACAAGGCUCGUGGAUCUGCUCCCUGUGUCCUCUUUUUCGAUGAACUGGAUUCCAUUGCUACUCAGAGAGGAAGCAGUCAAGGAGAUGCUGGAGGUGCAGCUGAUAGAGUUCUGAACCAACUUUUGACUGAAAUGGAUGGAAUGUCCGCCAAGAAGACCGUCUUCAUUAUUGGUGCAACCAACAGGCCUGAUAUUAUUGAUCCUGCACUUUUGAGGCCUGGCCGUCUUGAUCAGUUGAUAUACAUCCCCCUUCCAGAUGAGGAGUCUCGUUACCAGAUAUUCAAAUCUGCUUUGAGGAAAUCGCCAGUUUCUAAAGACGUAGACCUACGAGCUCUUGCCAAGUACACCCAGGGCUUCAGUGGCGCUGAUAUCACAGAAAUCUGCCAGCGUGCCUGCAAGUACGCCAUUCGUGAGAACAUAGAGAAGGAUAUUGAGAGGGAAAAGAGAAGAAGCGAGAACCCAGAAGCUAUGGAGGAGGAUGUGGAAGAUGAGGUGCCCGAAAUCAGAGCUGCUCACUUUGAAGAGUCGAUGAAGUUUGCACGCAGGAGCGUUAGUGAUGCUGAUAUCCGCAAGUACCAAGCUUUUGCUCAAACACUGCAGCAGUCUAGAGGAAUUGGUUCGGAGUUCAGGUUCUCAGAGGCGAGUGGGCGUAGUGCUGCCACCGACCCUUUUGCUGCCCCGGCUGUUGCAGCCGACGAAGAUGACCUCUAUAGUUAGGUCACCAAAUAACUGUGUAGUUGGUUUAUCUAUCAGGUUAACAUAUGUUAUAUUUUUAAUGAUGGUUGUGUAGUUGGUUCUCUCUGUGGUUGAUAUUUUUAAUGAUGGUUUGGUUUAUGAUGAUGAUGAUAGUUUGCAAUGCAAGUGGUAUUGGUUGAAGA